AUGAGCCUCUUCAGCGAUAUCGUGAACUCAAUUGGUAGCGACAAAUCUCCAGCACCACCAAAGCCGCCAGCAAGACCACUCAGUGCAAAUGCGCACCGACCGAACCUCGACGUCAGCAAGCCUGGUUCCCGGCCCGGAUUGCCGGCGGCCCCCUCGCCUCUGAAUGGCAUAAAGCGGAAGGCCGACGAUAGCUCUGCAAAACCGCCUGAGAAGCUCAUCAAACCGAAUCCUAUACCUGGCUUGACCAGCACUAUUGCUCCAAAGCGUCCUGCCGCACCUCCCCUUAACGCUCCCAAACCUACCAAUGGAAGCGAAGGGAAAACUCUUCCUACGCCCAGACCGAGACUUGAUGCUCAGGUGACUUCAGCGAAACCUGGCUCUGCGCCGUCCACCCCUACCACCGCGUCAGCCAAAGGUCCAGCGAAGGGUUCCUACGCAGAGUUGAUAGCUCGAGCCAAACAAGCGCAGGUGGAGAAAGCUCAACAAAGCCAAGUUGGCUUGAUCAAGCACCAGGCAACGAAUCGAGAAAAGCCAUCGAGGUUGGCUGAGAGGAGACGUCAAGAAGAGGAAAAGGCAAAGGGUGCAAAGGAGAAAUCCAGUGGCGGCCGUCUGGCAAAUGGUGGUAAACGGCAGGAUAAGUCUCGAAGCGCUAGCCCCGCAAAGAAGACGGAUCAGCCCAAAGUACCUAAAGCCCCCCGACCGCCAUUACAUGCCCCUCCUUCGUCCUCCUACAAAGGCACCAUGGGUACUACUUCUGGUCGGACCAAACCUCCGCCCAAGCGUGCCAGAUAUGAUGAAUACCUCGGCACCGACGAAGAAGACGUUUCGGAUGACAUGGGCGGGUAUGGAGAGGACGAGGAAGAUUAUGGGUCUGAGGGUUCAUCUGAUAUGGAAGCUGGAGCGUUCGAUGUGUACGAAGAGGAGCAGAAAGCCCUUCGGGCUGCGAGGGAAGAAGAUGCCCGAGAACUGGCUUUGGAAAACCAAUUGAAGCGAGAGAAAGAGGAACGACGGAAGAGGCUUAUGAGUCUUGCAGGGAGGAAGAAGUGA